ACAGAGGUCGCAGUUAGUCACUGGUGUGUGUGUUUUUAGCGGCGGAGCGAGAAGAUGGCAGACGGGGCUCUUGUGGAUGGAGAGAAACUCAGCAAAAAGACACUCGCAUCAUGUUGACUCUGGUCAGAGUGUGCAGGCUGCACUCAUUCAGGGUGCUGAAGUUUGCUCGACCCUGCUCUCAAAACCUGCCUUUGCUUGUACAAGGAAGUCGAUGGAGAAGUGACAAAAGUGAGCUGAAAAGGCGCUUGAAAGCUGAGAAGAAGGCAGCUGAGAAGGAAGCCAAGGUCAAAGAACAGCAUGAACAGAAGGAGACCAACGACAAGUCCCAGCAAAGCACGUAUGAAGCCGAUGAGGAAACCCUGGACCCGAACCAAUACUAUAAGAUACGGUCACAAGCCAUUCAAGCACUGAAGGGAACGUCUGAAGAUCCAUACCCUCACAAAUUCCAGGUGGAUUUAUCACUUACUGACUUCCUUGAGAAAUAUAAACACCUACAUCCAGGAGACCAUCUAACAGACACUGUUCUCAAUGUAUCAGGUCGUGUACAUGCUAAAAGGGCUUCAGGUGCCAAGCUGCUGUUUUAUGACCUGCGAGGAGAGGGAGUUAAACUGCAGGUCAUGGCAAACUCCAGGAACUACAAAUCAGAAGACGACUUUGUCCACAUCAACAACAAAUUAAGACGCGGUGACAUCAUCGGCGUCCGCGGCAACCCUGGCAAGACAAAAAAGGGCGAGUUGAGCAUCAUCCCAAUCGAGAUGACACUGUUGUCCCCGUGUCUUCAUAUGCUUCCCCACCUUCACUUCGGCCUGAAAGACAAGGAAACUAGGUUCAGACAAAGAUAUUUGGACCUGAUUCUUAAUGACUGUGUGAGACAGAAGUUUGUGACCCGUUCCAAGAUUAUCACCUAUCUUCGCAGCUUUCUGGACCAGCUUGGGUUUCUUGAGAUCGAGACUCCAAUGAUGAAUCUAAUACCUGGUGGAGCUGUGGCAAAACCGUUUGUCACCCACCACAAUGAGCUCAAUAUGAACCUCUACAUGAGAAUUGCUCCUGAGCUUUACCAUAAGAUGCUGGUGGUUGGAGGCAUCGAUCGUGUUUAUGAGAUCGGCCGUCAGUUCCGUAAUGAAGGCAUCGAUCUCACCCACAAUCCCGAGUUUACCACAUGCGAGUUUUAUAUGGCUUAUGCAGACUAUCACGAUCUGAUGGAGAUCACAGAGAAACUUCUAUCAGGAAUGGUGAAGCACAUUACCGGAGGUUACAAGGUCACUUAUCAUCCAGAUGGUCCAGAAGGAGAGGCCUCUGAAAUUGACUUCACUCCUCCCUUCAAAAGGAUUAGCAUGACUCAUGACCUGGAGAAGGAAAUGGGGGUGAAGUUUCCAGCUCCUGAGACCUACGACAGUGAUGAAACACGCAAGUUCUUGGAUGACCUUUGCGCUCAGAGAGAAGUUGAGUGCUCUCCUCCUAGAACAACUGCACGUCUUCUUGAUAAGUUGGUGGGAGACUUCCUGGAGGUCAAGUGCAUCAACCCAACUUUCAUCUGUGAUCACCCACAGAUCAUGAGUCCUCUAGCAAAAUGGCACAGAUCUCAGAAAGGUCUAACUGAGCGCUUUGAGCUUUUUGUGAUGAAGAAGGAGAUUUGCAAUGCCUACACGGAGUUGAACGAUCCAAUCAGACAAAGAGAACUGUUUGAGCAGCAGGCUCAGGCCAAGGCAGAAGGUGACGAUGAGGCCAUGUUCAUCGAUGAAACCUUUUGCACUGCGCUGGAGUAUGGCCUUCCACCCACAGCAGGAUGGGGCAUGGGUAUUGAUCGUCUUACCAUGUUCCUCACAGACUCCAACAAUAUCAAGGAGGUACUCCUCUUUCCUGCCAUGAAGCCUGAAGACAAUAAACCAGCUUCACCUGCAGAGGGCACAUCGGUGUAAUGCUGAGACUUCAUCUGCUGCUGCACUAAAGAUAUCGUCCAUCUCUGACCUGCUUUUGUCCAUGUUGAGAGUUAGAUUCUGAAUAUUACAGACCUAUGCACUGUCCAUACUCGAGGGAAAGAUUUCAGCUGUUGUUUUAAUGUACGGCUCACGGUUUUAUGGGUAAUUGUCAUUUUCCUGCAGUUUUGUAGCCUGGGUGGAUUGAACAGAUGAUGUUUCUCAGCCAUGUUUGGAUGUUUUAUGAUCUUCUGUCCAACUGUAUUUAAAAAAAUCUAAUGGCUGUGCAAUUGAGUUAAUAAAUAAAUAGGCAAAUCUAGCAGA